GGUCCCGGUCGACCAGCUCGCGGCAACAUGGGAAGUUCGGGAAAACGAGGGCGAAGAGGUUCUGAUAGGAGUGUUGAGAGUUCUGUUAAGGAAAAAGAGAAGAAGGUGGAAUCCGUGGUUGAAGCGGAAUCCAAAGAAAAUGAAGUCGUUGAAGCUUCCACUGUUGUACAACCGCCCAGAAAGCGAUGGGCUGCUGCUGUGAAAGAAAAUGAAGCUGCGCAGCGUGCAUCCUCACCUGAAGUUACCUCCUCAUCUUCUUCAACUCCAAUGGCAACUGUUGACGUUGCACCGGCUGACUCUGUCAGUCCCAGUUUAAGUAGUGUGGGCGGAAAGAAGCUUUGGCUCCGUAGACAUGCUGCCGAAUCUAUCAGCGAAGAGAAUUCACAAGCUCUGGAAACUGUCUCCACUCCAGAACAACCUCUGUCGUGUGCUGCAGAUUCUACUAGUGAUAUCACAUCUGUACCUUCUAGGAUGCAGAUGAGUCCCCCCUUGAAGAAACGGCGCCACAUGCUUGAUGCUUGCCAAUCUGAUGAACACGUUGCUGCUGCGGCUCUGGCUCAGAUGGCGGAAGGAUUCCGUUUUCACUGGAACAUGGCUCUUCGUUCAUCUGUGCCAAGCUGGACAGAAUCUUCGAAUGUCGACUUUGAAUUAGCCGGGUCUGUGCAAAAACCAUUGCCUCCUCCAACAUCGCGUAACAGUGCCACUAUGGCAAGCACAAUCUCUGUUGAUACUACUGCAACUACAUCCACUGCAUCAACGCUAUCCUUAGGCUCUCCAGCUGAAGCAAAACGACUGAGUCUGGAGGAUUACAAGAGGCGGCGGAGCACUAUGGCAUCUGAAGGGGGCACCGCUUCAUCCGGAAUGACGUCCGCUCCUCAUAUUGGACCUUCUGCUGAUGUUCGAAUCCGUGUUGGUGACAUCACAAGCAGAAUAACACGUUCUUUUAUGCCACCAAUGGAUUCCCCAAUGGAUCAAAACUCUAUCCUGCGGCCGUUGGGCACGGACAUCUCAAUGCCAGCACUCGGUACCCCACCUAAUUUAGAAGUAGUGAAGAAAAUGAUUCUCGAGGAGUCAUGUCUGCCUCCACCCCCAGCUCCACCCCCAUUACCUGUGCCAACCGAAUCUCCGAGUACUGCGCUUCCAUCGACGAGCGAUAUGUCUGUUGGUUCUAGCUCUGAGUCCGGCGAAGAACGCAUGUCGCUAGCCGAUCGCCUUGCCAAGGAAUUUGGCGUUGUUCCAUGUGCUUUUAAAGACAUCUUCAUGUUAUCUUAG